GGACGCACGGAAGGAGGGAGGGGGCCGUGCUCAGCGCCCAGGCCUGGCCACGGGGCCACAGGGCAACACAGCCACGCCGCCUGCCGCAAGCCCGAGCCGGAGCGGAGCCGGGCGGGCAGGCAGAGCAGCUCGGUCUUGGGAACCCUCUGGGAUGCCUGAGAGUGUCUCUCUCCUGCCCCCAGCCUGGCUCCCACCAUGAGCGCCGAGCUCAACGUGCCUGUGGACCCCUCCACUCCUGCCUGCUCUGAACCGGGCCACAAGGGCAUGGAUUACCGAGACUGGGUCCGCCGCAGCUACCUGGAGCUGGUUACCUCCAACCACCACUCCGUGCAGGCCCUGUCCUGGAGGAAACUCUACCUGAGCAGAGCCAAGCUGAAGGCCUCCAGCCGGACCUCUGCCCUCCUCUCAGGCUUCGCCAUGGUGGCCAUGGUGGAGGUGCAGCUGGAGACGCAGUACCAGUACCCCCGACCACUGCUCAUCGCCUUCAGCGCCUGCACCACGGUGCUGGUGGCCGUGCACCUCUUCGCCCUGCUCAUCAGCACGUGCAUCCUGCCCAACGUGGAGGCCGUGAGCAACAUCCACAACCUCAACUCCAUCAGCGAAUCGCCACAUGAGCGCAUGCACCCCUACAUCGAGCUGGCCUGGGGCUUCUCCACCGUGCUGGGCAUCCUGCUCUUCCUGGCCGAGGUGGUGCUGCUCUGCUGGAUCAAGUUCCUGCCCGUGGAUGCGCGCCACCAGCCCGGCCCCCCGCCCGGCCCCGGCGGCCACACGGGCUGGCAGGCCGCCCUCGUGUCCACCAUCAUCAUGGUGCCUGUGGGCCUCAUCUUCGUGGUCUUCACCAUCCACUUCUACCGCUCCCUGGUGCGCCACAAAACAGAGCGGCACAACCGCGAGAUCGAGGAGCUGCACAAGCUCAAGGUGCAGCUGGACGGGCAUGAGCGCAGCCUGCAGGUGGUGUGAGGGCGCGGUGUCCCGGGCCCAGGCCAGCGCCCCCUCCCCCCACCCCCCGCCCUGGGGCACAGCAUGGAGGUGGGCCACCGCCGAGGCCGCCCCAACACUACCAUGUGGUUCGAGACCAAAGUCUUACCCCCUGUCUUCACCCUGGAAAACCUGGCUGGGUGGUCCUCCCACAGAAAUUGGAAAUCUGUAGUAAAAAGAGAGACUCUGUUGCUAAGAGCUGAGACCAAAAAAAAAAGCCUGGGGCCUGGGGAUUUCCUGCAGCAGGAGAGGGGGCUUCGAGCAGCCCCCAGGCGUCCCGGGCAGUCUCAGUGACGGGGUGGGGGGGGGGCAGAGGCCGGCAGGGGAGGGCUGAGGGUUUCAGAGAACUGAUGGCCCUGUGACACCCGAAGUGGGUCUCAGCGUGCCACCCUCUGUGACUAGAUGGAGUGCAGGCCCACGGCUUGGCCUGGUGCUUCCCUCCCCUGCCCUGGGGGGAUUAGGUGGCCAGGCUGAAGGGGGAGAGGCAGGAGCCGGGGUCCCAGGUCUGCUCAGCAGGCGUGGUGGGUGCUCAGCCAGGCAUCGGACUGGUCUGGCCCUGGGGAAGACUUCCAAGGAUGGAGGCCUGGCAGGGCUAGGGAGGCACGUCUGUGGGCGUCCCGUGUGAGAUGGAGGGGGUGAGGGUGUACUCUGGGGCACACUGGGCUCAAGUUCUCUCUUCCUAGCCAUCCUGGAGCCCUGGUCACAUUGACACAGCAAAGCCACCAGGUUGGGGAAAGGGCCCACAGUCCAGAGGCCUCGAUCUUUGGGCUACAAAAUGGCCUCUGAGCCCACGUCGGCUGCCCCUCCAGGCUGUGGCUGCCAAAGGUACUUGCCCAGAAAGCAGAGCGUGCUUCCUGUCUCCCUGCUGCCUGUGACCCCAGGAGGUGGGAGGGCGCGGCCUGGGGGACUUUCUGUCCAGACAAGGCCCGUUGGCCUGACCUGGCCAAAUGCAAGUCCUGCGGAGUAGCAGCUGCCGGGAGGGCGAGACCCCCAAUCCUCUCGGCCACACGCAGGGGCCCAGCUCACACAUUUCCACAGCCACGUACAUACAUCCUACGGCUCAGCUUAGGGGCAAGCAUGCCACACCCCAAGCUGCUUUUAAAACCCAUGUUUACCACAUCGGCCAGUGGCAGCCUAGAGAGGAGCCUUUCUCGUUUCCGUCCUUGGACAUCAUGCUCUGAUGGCAUUUCUGUGGACAGCUUUCCUUCUCUCUUGGGUCUGGGGUGGCUGUGCCGAGAAAUCCUGGCUGGCCUAGCUGUGGCUGCUGGGGAUGUGAUGCACUGAGGACAGAAACCUUAACACACAACCAAAAUGCUGCGGGGCUGUCUGGGAGGCGCGCCGGGAGUCGCCGUUGUAAGUCGGGACAUUAUGGGAGCCUGGACAUCGGGUUCCGUGGAGCCAGACGAGAGCCUUCCACGGGGGGUGCGGUCCUGGCAUUCUGCAGAGCUGUCAUUGCUUGCUUGCUCUGUCUAGUGCGUGUCUCUUCUCUCCUGGAGCCUUGUCGAGAAGGCUUGUCUGGCUUUGUAUGUAUUUGCUUUGUGUCAGUGUCACUGAAAGACGGCCACUCCGUGUCCUGGCGGGGAUGGGACGGGCUGGCUCCUCCCCACAGCUGGGAGUGGACAGCAGGCCCUUCCUCCCGCCUGAGGCUUCGGAGAGGGGCUGUGCUGGCCUCACUUCCCCACGCCAUCUGGUGCCCCUGCCCCAAGUGCGCCAGACGUGCCGAGCCCCCCUGGACUGGAAAGCGCCCCCCAGUGCCGGCAGGGGGCCAGUUGUUAAUGUCUGCUCCGCCUCGGACUGGCCGCUGGGUGACUCGUGACAGUGCCACGUGGGUAGCAAAGACACCACAUCCCGUGUUCUUAAGGCUGAUUGAAGAAUUCUUGGUCUCUUUCAUCUAGAGUCUUCUCCCAGCUCCCAGAGGCAUGGGACAAGCAGAAUUUCUGUGGAACAGAGAGGACCAUGGGUCUGGGGAUGGGUGGUCCGGUGGGGAGUCUCAGGGCAGCCCCAGGGCUUUGGGGGAGAAGGAGGAGUGGCUGCUAUUUGGAGCUACAGACACAACUCAGCAGGGAGGGUGGGGGAGGGGGAGGGCAGCUGCCCAACUGGAAAGGCAGUUUCUGGAGGUUUAACCUGGCUGUGAAGUGUUCCUGGCGCCCCGGCCGUUCUGGGUGAGCCUCCGCACCCGCUGCCCAGAGCCAGCAAGGGCUCGCUCUAGUUUCCUCUGAGCAGGGCCUUCCCGGUGCUCACGACCCGAGCGCCCGCAGAUACGCCGAGGCGCUUUCCAAAGUGGAGCACGGUCUCCAUUUAGUACCUGGCCAGAAGUUGCAGAACUCAAGUGAUUCUAUUUUAGAAACUGCAAGGGCAGAGUGUAUUCUGGUGUCUUCUAGGAAAGUCUUGUGAGGCGUGAGUCUGAGUGCAUCAGGGCUGUCGCGCACUGAUUAACUCCAUUGUACAUGACACCGGAGAUCACAGAUGGUGAAUGCAACACCUGUCCUCUGUGUGUGGGUUUUUCAGACAGUUGCUCGGGAUUGAACUGAAUAAACAAGUAAAUCCGU